AAUUUGAAUUGAAAAAAAAAAUAUUAAAUUGCAAUUACUUGCAUCACCACAAAACGGCGAGGUUUUGGCAAAAGCUAGAAAGUAUCAACCUGUGUUCAACAAAAUUUUAGAAUAAUUCCUUCUAUAUUGUAGACAAUUUAUAUUAUUUCUCCGUAGUAAUAUUUAUUGUUUACUAAAUAACAUCAGAGGUUUUACCUCAUCAUCAAUUUUGAAUAUUAUUUAUUUGGAGUAAAUACAACAAUGAUCGAUGUAACGGAAAGAAUUAAAAGCCUGACCAACAACUACAAAAUAACAAAGAAGGAAAAUUUGCCUGCGUUUGUUGAAAUAUGCAAACAGCUAAAAUAUACAUCUUCCCAAGCCGACUCUAUCAGGUUAAUGAGGAUGGAAUGUACCAAAGUUCUAAACUCUACGGUCAAGAAGAAUAUAUUAAGAGACUUUCUUACUAUGGAUGGAUUAUCAAUUCUGUCCGAGUGGAUUACUAAUUGUUCUGAUCACGUAGAUGAAACUAUGUUGAAGGAAUUAAUUUCCAUUGUCAACAAGUUGAAUGAAUGUGGAGGAUUAGAUGUGGCUAUUAUCAAAAAGGCAAAAAUUGGUAAAAUACUUUCUUCUAUUUCAAAGUCAACUAACUUUUCCAAAACAAUAAAGACAAGUGUUGAUGAGUUGAUUCAAGACUGGAAACAAAAAUUCGUGAAGGAGGGUCCAACAACUCCUACCACACCAACUGAAACCUCCUCUCCAACUAUACCAAAGAAAAAACCAGCCACACCAACUACAACAGGUGGAGAAAAAAGAAAAAGAGCUGAUGAUCAAACUUCACCUCAAGAAGAAACACAAACUUCAAAUUUGAAUCGAAGUGAUUCAGUGGAAAGUGUUACAAAGAAAGUUAAAUCUGAAGAAUCAUCAAAGAAAAAAAAGAGAGUUAGUUGGUCAACAGAAUUGGAAAAAGUUAGACUUAUUGAACCAAGACAAGCCUAUGUGGAAGAAGUUAAUCAUAGAUCUGUUCAAGAAUUAAUGAAUGAGGAAAAAUCAAAUGAGAGAGUUUUAAUGAAUCAACAAAAACAAGUGAAGAUUAUGAUUCUUUCCAAUAUGAGAAAUACAGUGAAUUAUGUUACUCCAUUAAGAAUUUUACAACCAAAUGACAAGAUGCCACCAGUUGAAGUUGUCAGCAAUGAAGCUAAAAUUAUUGAGGAAAUGGUUAGAUCAUCUCCUUCCAUUAUUGUGACAGAAUCACCUUCAUCUCCAGUUCCUUCACCAACUGAGAGUUCUGUCAACAAUUUACUUAAUACCAUUGGAAUAAUAUCUAAUAGUCCUACUUCUUUGAAUACUACAAGCAAUAGAUUUCCAACAACCACACCAACUCCAAUUACUAAUCCUCCACUUUCAAAUCAUAGUCCUUAUCAACAACAACCUUUACCUCCAGCAAAUAAUUAUUCAAACAAUUCUUACCCACAUUCUCAUCACCAAUCUCCUUAUCAACAUCAACCUUCACCUUAUCAAAGAUCUCAACCCCCAGCGAAUCAAGGAUCUUACUAUCAAAAUAGAUCGAGUGGUCACAUGCCUCCUCAACAACAUAAUAUGAAUUAUCAUUCCCAACAUUCCUAUCAAAAUAAUUCUUCUGGAGCUCAAAAAAACAAACCACCUACAAAUCAGUAUAGUAACAGCAAACAACCUCCUGCCCAACAUCAAGGUGAACCUAGAUUAUUCAAACCAAUUAAAUGUCUUUAUUUUGUUAAAGGUCAAUGUAAAAAUGGUACGAAAUGCCCCUUCUACCAUGAAGGUUAUGAUCAACCUGUUGCAGGAAUUGAGGAAUAUGAUUUCGAGAAGGCAAGAUUUUAUCAAACUCUUAGAGAAAAAAAGAGAUGAGCGACAAGAUGAUGAACGUGUCAUGGUGAGCACAUAAUACAGUUCAAUAAGUAGUAAUUCAGAAAGUACAACACAUUUUCAAAAUGAUGAGUUUGCACUUCAGAGUCCAAACUGCAAAAAAAUAAACAUUACAAAGUGUGUUAU